GGAGGAGGAGAAAGAGGAGGAGGAGGAGGAAGAAGAGGAGGAGUGACCUGUCCUGGGUUCCAGCCGGAUCCCUGCUGCGGUCAGCUCCCAGUCUGAGGUCACCCCGGCCCGGCCCGCUCGAGGCCAUGGCGGAGGAUGCAUCUUUCCGCCCGGGCCUCAUCGUGCUGGGCGCGUUCUUGGUGGCCGUGGGCAUGUUCAUCAUGAGCACGGAUCGGCCGCAGGUCUACAUCACUUUCUGCGCCGUGGGGGUCGGCCUGGUGGCCAUUGGGGUCAUCUGGAGCCUGUGCCGCUGCUACCCCAAGGUGACGUUUGUGCCUGCUGACUCCGACUUUGAGGCGUUGCUGGCGCAGAAGCUACCGAGGCCUCCAGAGACCGGGUUCGUGGAGAAAAAGCCCCAGCCACCCUAUACCUGGCUGGAGGAGGAAGCCAGGCCAGCCCCUCCUCCCGUCAUCUUCCACCACCUCCAGCUGGAGCCUGAGGGCUCCGGAGGGCACCGGGGGGCCCGAGGGGCUGACCAGCUGGACCUGUGUGAGCUGGGGGGCAGCGGUGCCCAGAGACCCGUACAGGCUAGCGUGGAAGUCCACCAGGGCCCGGAUGGCAGCAAGAGAUCGAGCCAAGGCCCGGCAGAGGACUGCUGGGCAGCCCCCGCCCAGGCCCGUGCCCCUCUGGCCUCCUUCCUGGACAACGAGGAUGUCUUCUCUUCGCUGGAAUCCCACUGUAGCCACGCCGGCCUGCUUCCCCCCGGACAGCCCACCCUUGACCGCUACGGAGACUUUGCCCUUAUCGACGCAAAGGAGGAGGUCCUCGUGCCCCCUGCCCCGCUCCCUGGGCCAGGCCCAGCAGGGGGUCCAGCAGCCACCCAGGAGGGGAGACCCGAGGAGGAUGCGUGGAGGCUGCCCGGCACCUACGUCGUGGUGCUGAGUGAGGGGACACAGCCGUCUCAGACGGAGAAAACCAUCCGGCGGCUGCAGGCCCGAGCUGCCAGGCACGGCUACCUCACCAAGAUCCUGCACGUCUUCGAGCACAUCUUCCCCGGCUUCCUGGUCAAGAUGAGCAGCGACGUGCUCGACCUGGCCCUGCGGCUGCCCCACGUCCGCAUCAUCGAGGAGGACUCGCUGGUAUUCGCCCAGAGCAGGCCCUGGAAUCUGGCCAGGAUCGCCCCGGCCCCUGGCCCAGACACCAUCCCCCCUGGCCGCGGCAGCCAGGUGGUCGUGCAGCUGUUGGACACGAGCAUCCAGAGCGGCCACAGGGAGCUGGACGGCAGAGCCUUUGUCACUGACUUCCAGCAUGUUCCUGACGAAGACGGGACUCGCUUCCACCGGCAGGCCAGCAAGUGCGAAGGCCACGGGACCCACACGGCCGGUGUGGUCAGCGGCAGGGAUGCCGGCGUCGCCCCGGGCAGCCGGGUCCACGGCCUCCGCGUGCUCAACUGUCAGGGCCGGGGGACGGUCAGCGGCGUCCUGUCCGGGCUGGAAUUCAUCCAGAAGGGGCAGCUCGUGGGGUCACCGCUGCCUGCACCGGUGGUGUUGCUGCCACUGGCCGGGGGCUUCAGCCCAACGCUGAACGCCGCCUGCCGCCGCCUGGUGCACUCGGGGGCUGUGCUGAUCGCCGCGGCUGGAAACCACCGGGAUGAUGCCUGCAACUAUUCCCCUGCCUCUGAGCCCGAGGUCAUCACUGUCGGGGCCACAAACGCGCAGGACCAGCCGGUCACCAUGGGGACACUGGGCACCAACUUUGGCCGCUGUGUGGACGUGUUUGCCCCCGGCGAUGGCAUCGUGGCAGCAUCUAGCGACUGCAGCUCCUGCUUCACUGCCCAGAGCGGGACAUCGCAGGCUGCUGCCCACGUGGCUGGGAUCGUGGCCGUGAUGCUGGACGCCGACCCCAAUCUGACCCCGUCCGAAGUCCGGCAGCGAAUCCUCCACUUUGCCGCCAGAAACGUCCUGGACGAGGCCUGGUUCCCCGAGGAGCAGAGGCUGCUGACGCCCAACCUGGUGGCCAGAUUGCCGCCCGGGCCCGGAGCGGGGGAGCAGCUGCUGUUCUGCCGGACCGUGUGGUCGGGGCUGUCGGGGCCGACGAGGGCGGCGGUGGCAGUGGCGCGCUGUGGGGCUGGCGAGGAGAUGCUCAGCUGUUCCAGCUUCUCCAUCAGCGGGAAGAGGCGCGGGGACCACAUGGAGGUGGCAGGGGACCGGACGGAGUGCGUGGCCCACAACACGUUCGGUGGCGGUGGUGUUUAUGCCGUGGGCCGCUGCUGCCUCGGUCCCAGGGCCACCUGCCACAUCCGGCCCGGUGUCCCCGUCCAACGUGGGGAUGAGAAUCACGCCCUCUGCCCCGGGGCCAACGGCUUUGUGCUCACAGGGUGCAGCUCCCGCAGUGCGGCCGAGGGGUCGGCGGUGCCCACCCGGCUGGUGUGGAGGCCCACGGGCGGGCCCAGCGGCUGCGCGGGGCCCAGCGGGGCCGAGGUCCGGGCCUCCUGUUGCCACGCCCCGGGCCUGGAGUGCCGGGUCAAGGAGCACACGGCCGCCGGCCCGCAGGUGACCGUGGGCUGUGAGGACGGCUGGACGCUGACGGGCUGCAACAUCUACUCGGGCGGGUCCCCCACUCUGGGUGCCUAUGCGGUGGGCGACGUGUGCGUGGCGAGGAGCCGAGACGACGGGGGCACGGUGGGCGCCGUGGCCAUCUGCUGCAGGAGCCGGGAGGCGGCCGGGCAGAGGGAGCAGAACGAGCGGCAGUGACGGGCCCAACGGGGAGGGAGGGAGACAGCCCCGGCCCCCUUCCCGUGCCCCCACGGAUGGGCCCGCCACCGCCCCGUGACAGUACGAUGGCGCUCCAGGCCCCACAUGCCGAGCUGAGGUGAGCCAAGCCUCUUCCUCUCAUCCAACAAGAGGAACCAUCCCCAUUUCCUACUGCUUCAGGGCCUCCCAGCUACGGGGUCAAUGAGAAGCCACUGGGUUCUCGGCCUAAGCAUGAGUACGGCAGGACCGGGGCCCUCGCUCU